CGGAGCUCCGACCCUCGAGUUGUCCUCCGCAGCCACCGCCCGCAUUGCACCCCGGCUCACCUUUUCGUCCCUCCCACCCCCUUCCCCGUUCAGUGGCGUCCUGGGUGCCUGCAACCUGCCGGGUGAUUCAGUAGACUGCCCCCUGCUCCUGUUCUUGUUCUUGUUCCUGCUCCUGCUCCGGCUCCUGCUCCUCCUCCUCCUCCCCCUCCCCGCUCUCGCUCUCGCCUCCUCUUCCAGUCGGGGCGCCCAGACUUCUCCAAGCGCAGCGCCACCCGGCUGCCCAGCGCGCCCCGCUCCUGGCUCCUUCUCGCGGCAGCCUGGGGGCACCGGCGCGGGCAAAGGACGCUUAGGGGCCCUCGCCCCCUGAGCUCAGCGUGCCCCAGAGCCGGAUGUUGAGAGAAGCUGUGCUUUGAUAAAGCUCGGGAGAGCACCGAGCGUUUUCGGAGUGAGACUUCGGCAACCAGCGGGACGCCCCAGGUCACCCAGUGCGACGCGGCUGCACGCACGGUCCACAAGGAGCCCUCAGAAGAAAUGAUGUGGUACUUCCUUUUACCCAUACAAAAUGGAACAUAAGAAACUACAUAGCUGAAGAAACUACAGUCUUCUUAUAAAUGAGAGGCAUUGAAGUCUAAAUAAUUUCCAGCUGAAGGAAAAUAACCAACAGCUUCUCUACAGUGUAGACUGAAACAGGGAAAACAUGAAUAUCACUAACUGUACCACAGAAGCCAGUGUGGCUGUGAGACCCAAGACCAUCACUGAAAAGAUGCUCAUCUCCAUGACUCUGGUGAUCAUCACCACCCUGACCAUGUUACUGAACUUGGCGGUGAUCAUGGCCAUCUGUACCACCAAGAAGCUCCACCAGCCUGCCAACUACCUGAUCUGUUCCCUGGCUGUGACGGAUCUCCUGGUGGCAGUACUCGUUAUGCCACUGAGCAUCAUGUACAUUGUCAUGGACAGCUGGAAACUAGGAUACUUCAUCUGUGAGGUGUGGCUGAGUGUGGACAUGACCUGCUGCACCUGCUCCAUCCUCCAUCUCUGUGUGAUUGCCCUAGACAGGUACUGGGCCAUCACCAAUGCUAUUGAAUAUGCCAGGAAGAGGACCGCCAAGAGGGCUGUGCUGAUGAUCCUCACCGUCUGGACCAUCUCCAUCUUCAUCUCCAUGCCCCCCCUCUUCUGGAGAAGCCACCGCCAACUCAGCCCACCUCCUAGUGAGUGUACCAUCCAGCAUGACCAUGUCAUCUACACCAUUUAUUCCACGCUUGGAGCAUUUUAUAUCCCCUUAACUUUGAUACUUAUUCUGUAUUACCGGAUCUACCAUGCAGCCAAGAGCCUUUACCAGAAAAGAGGAUCAAGCCGGCACUUAAGCAACAGAAGCACAGAUAGCCAAAAUUCUUUUGCGAGUUGUAAACUUACACAGACUUUCUGUGUGUCUGAUUUCUCCACCUCAGACCCUACCACCGAGUUCGAAAAGAUCCACAACUCUAUCAGGAUCCCUUCCUUCGAUAAUGAUCUAGAUCACCCAGGAGAACGUCAGCAGAUCUCUAGUACCAGGGAACGCAAGGCAGCACGCAUCCUAGGACUGAUUUUGGGAGCAUUCAUUUUGUCGUGGCUUCCAUUUUUCAUCAAAGAAUUAAUUGUGGGUCUGAGUAUCUACACAGUGUCCUCUGAAGUGGCUGAUUUUUUAACGUGGCUUGGUUAUGUUAAUUCUCUGAUCAACCCUCUGCUCUAUACAAGUUUUAAUGAAGACUUUAAGCUGGCUUUUAAAAAGCUAAUUAAGUGCCGAGAACAUGUGUAGAUUUCAUAAAGCCAAAAGGCAUUGUUUUUACCAGCCUUGUUUGUGGACAGAGGAAAGGGGUUCAACUUAUUAAUUCUUGAACAUAGUUGGUUCAGAAAAGUUUGUAAGGUACUGUGGUCCUUUUGUUUGUUUGUUUGUUUGUUCUGUUUUGUUUGAGGUUUGUUAUCUGGUGUGCCGUUUUCUACCUCUGGUUUUAUUUGUGGUACAUGAUUUCCAAUAAACAUCCUAUAAAGACAGAAAUUUCAUAGACAUAAUAAUAAGGUGAAAUAGUAACUACUUUUUUAGCCAUUUCAGUUAAUCUUGCAAUUAAAGAACGCCAAAAUAAAUCUUCAUUUGCAGAAUUUCUUACUACUUAUAAAUCAAAUACUUGAUAACUUGCCCUCCUGUGCCAUUAAAACCGAGGUCGUGGCUCCAUAUCAUGCAAAUUUUAGAGGGAACUGCAAACUGCAUGACUACAUAAAGCAUUAAUUUAAAAAAAAAGAGUGGUGCACUGUCAUCUGCUUGCAGACCUGAGCUAAAGUCAUUUACUGUGACUACAUAGCCCACUCCUUUAGGCACAAAUAGUACAGCUGACGUGUCCUUUAUAGUUCAUGAUUAAAUAUGCUUCCUCAUUCUCUAAAAAGAACCUGGAAUGAAUACUCUGGCACUUUCCUAGGUAUUUAACUAUGAAAAUGAAACAAAAACAAAUACAAGAUAAUCUAAAUCUCCUCCAAUGUGUUGUUAUAUGACCUGACAGGAACAUUGGACCUCCUUACAUUCUGAGAAGAGUCCCGCUGAGCCUUGCACACUCUCCCUGACUCUGGCAGGAUUUGGGUGGGAAUAUAAGCAGCAGACCCUCUCUCUCUUCCUCCCUUCUCCCCUCCCUUUCUCCCAUCCCCCUCCUCUCUUCUUUAAUCUCACUUAUCAGUUUGCUCAAGUAUCUUGAACACUGGCGUACAUUUCUUCUACUCCUACUUCCCACUCAAGAGCCUGCUUCGUCUCUCCGCUGGCUCUCCCCCCUGAGUUUCUCCACUUAUCAAUCCUUCGUUCUGCUCACCUCUCACCUUCCACUGACUUUCCUAUCCUAUGCCAUGUGAGUUUGUCACUCCUAGUUCUCUCGAAACAGAACUCCCAGAGGUCUUUGGUGAGUUGCCAGUAGGCAAAUACAAUGGCCUUGCCUCUGUCCUUAUCUACUUUCCAAUCUCUCAUCAAUUAAAAUAACUAAGCCUCCCUUUUUCGUUAAGCCCAUGACUUCCAAAAUACAAAAUACAGUAGUCCCCUGCUUCUCCAACUACCUCCUCUUUCUCUGUCUCCUUUUCUUUCUCCUGGGGUAUUGUCCUCAGCUCUUACCUCCUGUAUCUCCAUACUCUGUCCCAUCCCAUCACAUGCCUGUGGCUUUUCAAUUUUUGUCUUUAGUUCUGAUUUGUCUUUCUCAAAUUCCAGACCCAUGAGUUACCUCCAGUGAACACCUCCCUGUGACUAACCUGUUCAUUCCUCAAACACAGUUUUUCCAUACUGAACUCGUGAUCAUUUUCCCACACUCACACCUUCUCCUCCUUCCACCUUCCCAGUUUCAGAUAACAGGAUUACCUUGCCUCUUAUCAUCCCUAUUAGAUAAACGUGAUCCUCUCUCUUCAAGACUUGUCUGUAACAUUCAGAGAGUCUUAAAGUCUUCUCCAUUUACCUCUACAGAAAUAUGCCCCCUUCUUCUCCAAUAAGUUGGUCCCCUCAUCUCUUCCAAGUCUUCUUAUCUGGUCCACCUUCCUCUGGAGUCCUUCGCCUGCAACUCCACCCCCACACACCUGCACAUCUAUCAGAUACAUCUUCUAGAACAGUGGUUUUCAGAGUGGCAGCUCCCGACCAGGAACAUUUGCAUCACCUGGGAAGUUGUGAAAAAUGCAAUGUCCCGGGCUGAAGACAUAAUGAAUCACAGAUUUGGAGAGCAAAAUCUCUGUUUAAUAAACCCUCUAGGAGAUUCUGAUUUGAGAAUCACUACCCUCAAGCAUACCACAGGUUUUAAUUAUAAUAUUCAUAAUCCUCUACUAUUUCUCUAUCAGUUUAAAAUAAAUUAAGAUUCCUUAGUAUAAUAUUCAAGGCUCUUUCACUAUGUGACUUUAACUACCUUUCCAGAGUUGUGACUCACCACUUUCUCUCACCCACCUCAUACUCCAGAAAAGUCUGGUUAUUUUCUGGGUUUUCUGAGCUCCCCUAACAGUAGCUCCCACAGCUUCAGAAAACUGACCCCACGGCUUUCCCUUCUUCUACCAGCUCUUCAAGCGAUCUUGCAGCACAAAUGCAAUCUCCUCUGUAAAGUCUUUCCAAGAUCCUUCUUUUUCUUUCUCCAUCACUAUGAAAACCCUCUCUCCCAGCUCUAUGCUUCCAUAGAACCCCAUUUCUAUCACUAUUACUAUAUUCACCCUAUUUUAUAGUGCAUUGUUUAUGUAUUUCUGCUGUCUGCCCUAAUAGACUGUGAGCUCCUUGAGGGCAGGAACCAUGUUUAUUCAUCUCUGUAUCCCUAGGGACUUCUACAGUAUUUUGCACACAGUAGACCCUCAAUAAAUGUAAUGUGAAUGGAAUUAUGUCCCUGGAAAAGAAAAUAUCAAUGUGCCAUCUUCUCCCAGUGAGAAAACCAAACUUCUAAAAUCCCAUGGUACAAUACUUUCUUUUUCCCCAAAACUUACUCCCACUUCCCAACCUUAUUCAAAAACUGCUGGAAAAAUCUUCCACACGGAAAGAAAAAGGAUUGUCUGUUGAAUAUAAAUGAAUAAACUUUAAGCAAUAGGAUUCAAGUUAAGAUGCUCUCAAGAAGGGCCCCCCCAAACACAGUAGUUCAACAAGAUAGUUUCUUUCUCCCUCACAUGAGAGUAAAGAGGUAGGAGGGCAGCCUAGAGUGAGUAGGAGACUCUGCUGCUCAACACUAUCCAGGACAAGGUGGUUCUUCCUUCCUCCCAGGGUUUGCUCUAAUCUGCAUGGCCAAAGCUGACUCACCAUCACAUCCACAUUCCAGUCCAUAGGAAGUAAGAGACAGAAGUAGAGAGCAGUUUCCUUUUAAGCUAUGUGGGGAUCACAUAACUUCUGCUUGUACUCCGUUGGCAAUAAUUUGUCACAUGGACACACCAAGUUGUAAAAGAGAAUAGGAGAGUAAAUCUCUAGCUGGGCACCUCAUGCCUUGCUAAAAUUGAGGACAUUAUAAUAAACAGAAGAACAAGAGAAUGAAUACACAGGAACAAUGAACAGUCUACCUCAAAGGGAUAUUGGUUUCUGUAUGUAGAGCUCCGGUAUCUCAAGGCAAGUCAAUUGCUACCCAGCUCCUGAUGAUCUAUGCAUGAGGAUGUGGAGAUUUAAAUUAUGGGUGACUGGACUGAGAUUGUGCAUAUGCUGAAAAUACAAUAUUUAUCAUGACUGUACCUCUAAUAUUUAGAAAUGAUAUGAACAACUCACUUGCUUUCUCAUCAUCUUCCACAUAUCAUCUAUUGAAAAUUCUUGGUAAUUUUAAGCAUUUUAAAAUGUUAAGAGUCUAAGUAAAUAAAAAACAAAAAGCAGAUGCACAAGUAAUUUUCACUUACUCAUUUUU